CAUCCAUGAGGUUGUGACAUCAGGCGACCAACAGGCAGUGAUUGGCUUGUUGGCCAAGAUGGCAGUGGACCGUUCUCUUACUUCUUCCCUCUCAGAUGCCCGUGAUGCCCUGGUCAAUGCCUGCGUUGAUGCUCUCACCGCCUUCAAGAUGGGACUCUCCAACCCAGCACAUGGGGCCCUGGAGGUUUGCCCCAACCUGAGCCUUCUGCCACUCUUCACAUUAGCACUAUUUUAA